AAACGCAGCUGAUGGCUAAAUUACUCCCCUGUAUUUGUACCACUACAAAAACCGCCUCUUCGAGUAAGUACUUGAUAGUUAUUUCUCAGGUACAACUAGUGCUUCGUAGUUGUCUUCUAGUAUGAGUAAGAAGAUGAAAAAUAAUUCAGACCCAGACGGGGGCCGUAGAGAUAUUGAAAAAGUCAAACCACCUAAGUAGCGGAACACGCUUAAAAACAAACAAAGCACUCGACGAAAAUGGGCAACGACAAUUCCACGCCGGAGCAGACGGAGGAGGCGACAACCCAGGCGCCCCCCACGGAUCCGUGGGGGAUUUUGAAGUCGAAGCUGUGCCUGAACCUAGCGGACAUUCAGUUCGUGCACACGCCGCUAUCCAAGGCCCACAGCCCGGACGUGCCGCCCUUCUUCAAGAUUUUGAAGUGUACCUGCCCCUACCUGGCGCUGCAGCCGCCGGCGACGUGGCGACCCCGCCAGUCCGGCUUCGAUCCGGAGCCCACGGUAUCAAUUGCAUAAAUUAUGUCAUUUGGGUUUGGAAGUUGUAGAGUGGAACUUGUGAUGCUGACUUUGGAUCCUUCUACGAAAAAUUGUGUUGCGUCAGCACAAAGAGAAGUAGUAGUCCAGUUUUUGCUACAAAAAGAGUUUUUUUUUUCUGAUGCGGUAUGGGCAUCAGGUUCAGGAUCAGGAAGUGAUAACAAAAUCUGUGAUGCUAGUCAUCACAGACAUCAUGGGUCAACAUGCAAGACAUGCAUGACAAGUCUUGCAAUCAUCUUCCAGACUUCGGACCACCCAGAUGACAACAUAUUUGCCGUUGAUACGCGGAUUGUCUGCGCGUGUGCGCCGAGAAGUUUUGCACGCAGUACGGCGCCGGCAACAUGUGUACGAAGUGGGAGGAGUGCACCGGCUUCUUCGACACCGGCAAGAUGUGCCAGUUUUACGCCCAAAAACUUCCGACCACGUUGGAGGAGAACGAAUCCAUAUCAAUUGCAAAUAUAUCUGGGUCUGGAAAUAACUUGUGAUGCUAAUACAUGCAUCACAAACUGACUCCAAUACGCAGCCACGCAUGAGAAAAAAAUUCUGAGCGGUUACUUAUGCAGUGCGUAACCCGCAUGAGAAUUCGCGUUUUGCCUGACAGAGGGUUGGCGUUAUAAUUCCACGACAUGCAUUACAGAGUUCACGUUCAGGGGCAUGCGGAUUCAGCAAUACACGACAUCUCGCAAUCUCCCAGACCGAGACACAUUUGCAAUGCAUAAGCCAACGCGAAGAGCAACUUUGACGCCAUGCAGGAGCUGUCGCAACAACAACUACAGACCUCCCAAUAUGGAGUUCUCACACGUUACAUUCUCAACUGUUACAUGAAUUUGUAAUGCAAGACUGGCAAAAGUGAAAGCAAAGGAGGACGAUUGCGCCUUUUGCAUUACAAGUUUGGCGCAGAUUUAGAUGCUGUUUAGCUCUUCCGAAAUUUGUCAUGCGAAGCAGCUCGAUCAUCUGCCGGCUGCAGGCACUUUUGCAUGACAAAUUCAUGUAACAGUUGAGAAUGUAACGUUUGAGAACGCCAUACCCAACAGGUCGCCAGAGCAGGGACGAGCUCCGACGGGGGAGCGGUUGGCGAGAACGACGCCAGCGCCUAUCAAGUGGUAUGCAAUACAAAUACGUCUGGGUCGUGGAAAGGUGGAACUUGUAAUGUGCAUUUCACAGCACACCAAAAUCUCUCAUGCAUAGACAGCAACCGCUGCCCAUUUUUGUCAUCCGAAAAAUAGGCGAUUUGUCAUGCGAAUUAGGCAUCGGUGCUCCUCCACCUCAAAAUCUGUAAUGCUAUGCCCCGCAUGCCAGACCUGCUGGGUCAUGGAAAAACAGCAUGACAAAAAUCUGCAUCCUACUUCCAGACCUAGACAUAUUUGCAAUGCAUAAGUGGACGAGGAGGUGAAUUAUAGUAAUAGUAAAGCCGCCUAUAAUUAUCCGAUGGGCACUAACAUAUUACAGUGAAAAGUGCCCCCCACCCCUAAAUUGCAAAAAUUUGUGAUGCGAAGUUUCCAAAUGAAAACUUUUUGUCAUGCAUGAAAGGAGUAUGAAUCUUUCUGAUGCAGAGUGUAGGCGUGUAUCGCAUCACUUGCAUGACAAGCGCCGCUCUUGCUUGGGUCUUUUGCAAUACAAAACUUUGCUACUCACGAGUGAAAAUCUGUGAUGCUGAUAGAUGCAAGACGGCGAAUGUUUCAUUUGGAAAGGUUUGCAAUACAAAUGCUCCCAAGUUCGGGGGUGGGGGCAUUUUUCAUUGUAAUAUAUCAUGCGUCGUGUUCUUCAACAAUGGGCACAAAAAAAAACAACUACGAUAUCCUGAGUAAAAACGUACCCACACCAGAGUCAGGAUGGGGAUUUUGCAACACAAACUUAGGAGUUUUGUGAGUCACGCAUGACAAGUUGCACUCUGGAGUGUAGUGCAGGUUAGCAAGUGCAGCCGCGUCACAGAUUCAUCUGCUCAUCCUGUUCACAGCAUCACAAAUUCCAAAACACGUUUGGAAAUGGCUCUCAUGUGGAUGCGCAUUACAAGUCUUCCUGUCUUUGCAAAUCUGCAUUACAACUCUGGUGUGGGUACGUUUUUACUCAGGAUAUACGAGCAGCAGCAGUAGUCUCGAAAACAAGGGCACCAGCACGACCGGUGGAUCAUAUCCACUCUUCGUCGGACCAGAAGAAAAAAAGGCAGAAGCAGAAGAAGAUGAGCCUAACCUUGAAGACACCCCUCUUCCUGAUGCCGAGGACGACCUCGAGGACGCUCCUGGUUCUUGGAACAACAGCACGUUUUUCCUACUCGACGGCUACGUGUACGACGACGAGACACGGCGGAAUCUUAAACCGCCCGCACUGGAGAUUUUUAACGAGCACGGGACUACUUCUGCAGCGAAAGUAGGAGCGAGUAUGAAAAGAACUACUGCAGUUCCUCUUUCCUCAUCAACAUCUCAUUCGAAAAGAGAUGUACGCGGUCACUUAGACAACUAUCACGCUUCCUCCGGGAGGACGGCGACCUCCGGACCAAUAACUUCAAAGUCGCUGGGCAGCCGCGAAAGUAGGGGAACAAACAGAGGCGAACAUCAAGCACUUACUGGAAGUUUCUUGCAGCUGGUGGAAAAAGAAGAACUACUAGUACGAGAAGCAGCUGCACUUCUAGAAAGAACUACCGGCAAGAAGAUGAAUAUUAAACGGGCAGCGGUCGCCGGCAACAGCAACGCGUUGUACGAGGGUCUGUCGCAGGAGGAGAAAGACAUUUGGCUCAGCUUUCCCUACUGCGAGCACGGGGCGGACCUGGAAAGGGUGUAUAUUCGAAACCCGGCCUACGUUCCCCCGGGCGCCGGUGGGGAAAAUAAAGCGGAAGCUACCGACGGGGAGAGUGGGGAUGAGGGCGUCGGGGGAGAAGGGGAAG